GCCAUGCCGGGCCGAUGCAGCGCGCAUGACCAGAACCACACCACCGAAACCGCUCGUGCCUCCCAUCCCCCCACGUCUCCACCACCCAGCUCCGCUCCCUCAGCAGCUUCGUGCAGGACAAGCACUCCACGCCGCAGGACAGAACAGAGCAGGACUGACUACUGAGACGAAGAAGACAGACAGAGGAUAAACCCAGCCAGCAGGGAACAGAACACUCCGACAUGGGUGCCGCGUUCCUGGCGUCCUGGCCGUGGGACAACCUCGGCUUCUACAAGUACGUGCUGUACGGGCCGCUGGUGGGCAAGGCGGCGGCGUCGCGGGCGUGGGAGGCCGCGAGCCCCGACCGGUGGAUCCUCCUCCUGCUCGUGCUCUUCGGCCUCCGCGCGCUCACCUACCAGCUCUGGAGCUCCUUCAGCAACAUGCUCUUCGCCACGCGGCGCCGCCGCAUCGUCCGCGACGGCGUCGACUUCGAACAGAUCGACAAGGAGUGGGACUGGGACAACUUCUUGAUGCUGCAGGUCCUAAUGACGGCCACGGCGUUCUACGCGUUCCCGUCGCUGCGCCACCUCCCGCUCUGGGACGCCCGUGGCUUCGCCGUCGCGCUCCUCAUCCACGCCGCGGCCACCGAGCCGCUCUUCUACGCGGCGCACCGUGCCUUCCACGCCAGCAGCCGCCUCUACGCCCGCUACCACUCGCUGCACCACUCGAGCAGGGUGCCCCAGCCGUUCACGGCCGGGUCCGCGACCCCGCUGGAGGGCAUCGUCCUGGCCGCGGCCAUGGCGCUGCCCCUCGCGGGCGCGUGCGCCGCGGGUUGCGGCUCCGUCGCGCUGGCCUUCGCCUACGUGCUCGCGUUCGACUCCCUCCGCGCCAUGGGACACUGCAACGUCGAGGUCUUCCCCAGCUCCCUCUUCCAAGCGAUCCCGGUCCUCAGAUACCUUAUCUACACCCCUACAUACCACACGAUCCACCACACCAAGAGGGAGGCCAAUUUCUGCCUGUUCAUGCCGCUGUUUGAUCUGCUGGGUGGCACGCUCGACGACCAGUCGUGGGAGAUGCAGAAGCAGACGAGCGCAGGGGUGGACGAGGUGCCGGACUUCGUGUUCCUAGCGCACGUGGUGGACGUGAUGCAGUCGCUGCACGUGCCCUUCGUGCUGCGGACCUUCGCCUCCACGCCCUUCUGCGUGCAGCUCUUCCUGCUGCCCAUGUGGCCCUUCGCCUUCCUCGUCAUGCUCGCCAUGUGGGUCUGGUCCAAGACCUUCGUCAUCUCCUGCUACAACCUCCGCGGACGGCUGCACCAGAUAUGGGCCGUCCCGAGAUACGGCUUCCAGUACUUCUUGCCGUUUGCCAAGGACGGCAUCAACAAGCAGAUCGAGCUCGCCAUCCUGAGGGCCGACAAGAUGGGCGUCAAGGUCCUCAGCCUUGCAGCUCUCAACAAGAACGAGGCGCUGAACAGCGGCUGCACGCUGUUCGUGAACAAGCACCCGGACCUGCGCGUGCGCGUGGUCCACGGCAACACGCUGACGGCGGCGGUGAUCCUGAACGAGAUCCCCAAGGGCACGUCGGAGGUGUUCAUGACCGGCGCCACCUCCAAGCUCGGCCGCGCCAUCGCGCUCUACCUCUGCAGGAAGCGGGUCCGCGUGAUGAUGAUGACGCUGUCGUCGGAGCGGUUCCAGCGGAUCCAGAAGGAGGCGCCGCCGGAGUUCCAGCAGUACCUGGUGCAGGUGACCAAGUACCGGUCGGCGCAGCACUGCCGGACGUGGAUCGUCGGCAAGUGGCUGUCGCCGCGGGAGCAGCGGUGGGCGCCGCCGGGCACGCACUUCCACCAGUUCGUCGUGCCGCCCAUCAUCGGAUUCCGCCGGGACUGCACCUACGGCAAGCUCGCCGCCAUGAGGCUGCCCAAGGACGUGCAGGGCCUGGGCACCUGCGAGUACUCGCUGGAGCGAGGGGUGGUGCACGCGUGCCACGCCGGCGGGGUCGUGCACUUCCUCGAGGGGUACACGCACCACGAGGUGGGUGCCAUCGACGUCGACCGCAUCGACGUCGUCUGGGAGGCCGCGCUCAGGCACGGACUCCGGCCCGCAUGAUGAUCCAAUUUCUUUCCUUCUGGACGGGCCUGACCGAAACGGCCUUGCUUUACUACUCUUUCCCCCUCCUUUGUGUUCCACAAAGUCCAUCGUGAUCAUCGAUCGGGUGUGUGGUUUAUUGGUUUCCUGGCCAUUCAAUUUGCUGUUUCAAUUUUCCUUUUCUUUUCUUUCAGAAGAAAAAUAUGUAUACUGUAAACUAUAUACAUACUACAAUACAUGAGAAAAUAUAUAAUGUUCAAAAUAGGAGGGUGAAAACAGACAUGAUA